GACAAGCACGUUAGGCAAACACGCUUCAACAAGUAGAAAUACGCGAGGAAUGUACGCGCGAAAGCGAGUAAGCAAUCGAACAGCUAGAUAUUUCGCAUCAUAACAGCGAGUAGAAGACGACAGGUGCCUGGACGCCUGCGUCUGUUCGCUCAGUAGUCGGCGAGCCGUGCUAGACGUCGCACGUCUGACGCAUCGUUGAGUUAUACUACUUGCGCGCGACUCCCGCGGUCGCGUUUCGAGAAAAACAACAUUUUCCUAUCGAAUUACCGAUUCUAUCGAUUACCAAAAAUCAACAGCAAUAAUUCACGAACACUUUCUGCGAAUUUCGAAUAAAUUUAACAAUUUAUAUUCAGAAUUGUCCAAAGAACUUGAUUAAGAAAAAAAUCGAAAUUCUGAAUUAAUAAAAAGGAAUCGUAUCGAGAUUUUGAUUUGUUGAAGUUGAUAUCGAAGAAUGUGAACAUUGAAAAUUGUGUGUUGAUCGAAGUGAUUCACCGGAAACCUGUUCUAGCAUAAAGGUGAACACAGUGUCGUAAAGACAUUUGCGUUUGUUUAUGGUCUCAGUUGUGAUCUGGCAAUUCGUGUGGCGUGUACAGUGCUCCGCAAGCGCGUUAGAAAAUCAGGAAACUAAAUCCUGGCAAUCAAAGUGUUAAUAAUCUCGUACGAUAGUUUGCCUUUGGCAACGAACGGGUUAAAUUGAAUUUGUUCGCCAUCGGGUAACCGUGAAUUGGUCAAAAGGAAAAUUUACAGCCGAGCGAAUGGCAAAUAGCUGGUCGCGAUGCGACAAAACAUGCAAUUACCGAUGAACGAGGGAAGCCGAAAGUUUGGCUGAAAACUAUCGAUAAGUGUCAAACUAUUCGGUGACUGUUUUGUGCGUGGUUUGCUAUUGUUUCCUGGGCCUGUGCGGCCACCGCGAAAAGAUCAAGGAGGAGAUGGCCGAAGAGGAGAGACACGGGGAACCGGAAGCAACCGGUGCAACGUCCGAUUCCAGCGAACAUCGAGUACCUCUUUAUCCUAUUACGGUGGAAACUAAAGGGAAGGAUAACGAGGGGAUAGAAGAUGAAGCGAAGGACCAAAAGGUUGAGAAAAAAGAUAGGAUCGUAUCGGAAAACCAAGCCCAGAGAUUACAACAGACCCAAUCGUUGCCACAUCUGCAGCCCACCGACACGCAACUGGACAGAAAAGUGGAGAUCACGAUCGACAACGCGUCAGACUCCAUCAGUAGUCAAAGGGUGUACAAGAAGUCGUCGCCAAACAACAAACUGACGCUUUAUUUGGCGAGCAGGGAUUUGAUAGUGAGCGAGUCGAGGAUCGACAAACUGCAGGGCGUGCUGUUGGUUGACCCUGACUACUUGCAAGACAAAAGGGUGUACGGGCAAAUCACGUUGACUUUUCGAUACGGUCGAGAGGAUGAAGAGGUAAUGGGACUGAAAUUCUGCAACGAGGCUGUUAUGUGCCUAGCUCAAUUGUAUCCACCGUUUUCUGGCUCUGAUCACCAGGAUACCACACCUUUGCAGGAGGCGUUAGUGAAGAGAUUGGGUUCGAACGCUCACGCGUUCACCAUGGAAAUCACGUCUUUAGCACCCCCAUCGGUGCAAUUGGUGCCGGCGAAGGAAUACAAUGGGGCACCUAUAGGUACCAGCUACGACGUCAGAGCUUACGUGGCCGAACGAGCAGACGAGAAAUUGCAUCGGAAAACGACCGUCAGAAUGGGUAUCCGUGUAAUACAACGAACCUCGAAACCACCGUUACCAGAUACUGGGGUCUACAGUGUUCCAGUAUCCAGCAGCCCGUUCCUUGCUUCUAGAAGUCAAGCUUGCAAAACGAGAGUCACGUUCGCUGAGAACGAGAUCGCGGAAGACGAAGAGAAUACAGCACCGCACGCUGCAGUGGAAAAACCUUUUCUAUUGAGCGACGGUCGCGUGGGUUUGGAAGCCAAACUGGACCGUGCGAUUUAUGCCCACGGAGAUUCAAUCGCAGUUCACGUCAACGUCAAUAACAACAGCAGUAAAUCCGUGAGAAGGAUCAAGGUGUUCAUCGUGCAACACGUGGACGUGUGCAUGUUCAGCAACGGGAAGUUCAAGAACGUGGUGGCUUUGUUGUCGUCGCGAGAAGGCUGCCCGAUAGGUCCUGGCUCGUCGUUGCAGAAAAGCUACACCCUCAGACCAAUAAGAGGUUCGACGAAAAAUUGGAUCGCUUUGGAGGACAGCUACAUGAAAGCAGGAGCUACAUUAGCAUCGACUGUCGUUUGCCCUGGAAAUGGUCCAGAAGACAGAAACGUCUUCGCGAUAUACGUUUCGUAUUACGUAAAGGUGAAGCUGUUGAUCUCAGGAAUGGGUGGCGAGGUGUCCCUUAAAUUACCGUUCACGUUGAUGCACAGCAACACAGACUCGGAGUUAGUAGGAUUUCCAUCUCCGAUCAGAGAUCCAGGAAAGCUAUCAGCAAAUUAUGGAAGAACCUGUGAGGAAAUCACCGACAAUCUAGAGAAACCGGAAGAUAACGGGCACAAGUACAAGGGUAGCAAACUGGAGCCAAUUAAGGAGAAACUGAAAGAAUCGAGGGACAUCGACGUGGAUCUAAUAGAACACUGCGAAGAAGGUGACAGCACCUGAGGGCAGGCGCAAGCGACCGAAACAUCAUCGACAAAGAACAAUGAAGUAAAAAACGUGAAGAACACGAAUCACAAAAACUGCAAAUUGGGCUUUGAUAUACAAAGAGCUUGGUGUUGCUUUAGGAGAGCUUCUUAGUAACGGGGGAAGAUACAGAACGCAUAGAAAAAUACCUAUGGUGUUUUCUUUUUAUCGUGAAAGAAUAAGAAGUCGAGAUGUUUAAUAACUGGUGCAAUAGAGAAAGAGAAGAGAACAUUGGUGGAAACGUAUGACUUUUAAAACAAAAUUUGUAAUUCUUAUUUAAUUAUUUACAAAACGUUUAUUCUUAACAUUUUGCCACAGAGUCAUCAGUGACUGGCACCUCAAAUUUAAUACUUAACUUAUAUCUUUAAUGAGUAUUACUUUACUGUAGUAGUCAAUAUGUUACUGAACUGAAUCAAGCAUGUUUCUCUGGAAAAAUUGGUUUACAAUUAACUUCAGUAAUUGCAAAUACAGCUACAAUUUCUGCAGUUCCUAUUCACCCUAUUUCUAAGAUGAAAGUCAUACUGCCCUUCUAACUAUUUGCAGAGCAAACUCAUAUUUCAUGACAUAAUGUAAAACUUAUCCCAUCCACAUGCUUAAAAUCAAUCAUAAACAUUAAACAAGAUUGAACAUUUCAAAAUCUAUUUUUUUAGCUGAAAAAUGUCUAUUAUUAUCAAACCUGAUUCUUACUUAUUUUGAAAUAAAUGUAUCAAGUAAUUAAAUACAUAAAAAUGUUAUACCUUUUAGGAUAAGUUAAUGGAGCAGGUGUCUUUGAUGGUAAUCAAUGCCUAAACUGUGUACUUACUUCAUUGUAUAUGCAUGCUCAUGCAUACAGGUGUAAAACUGUACAGACUAUAUCUUUAUCAUUGUAAAUAGAAUAUGACUGUAUUAGGGUAUGUGUGAAACUCUAGCCUAAUGCUAUGUAACUUCUAAAUAAUUUACAACUAAAUAAAAUUUUUGUGUAAAAUCUUGCUGUAAAACAUAUUUUGUCCUUAUGAAUAAUAUGAGAAUAUCAAGUAUAUUAAAUCCAA